AUGUCUUCCGGCGUGGACUCCUCCGUCUGUGCCGCGCUAUAUGCCGCUAAAUACAAGAAUGUCAAGGGGGUUUAUAUGGCCAACUGGUCUCAGACGGCAAAGUGCACCGAGGCUGAGUGGAACGAUGUGCAGCGGGUGUGUGAGAAACUCCGCAUCCCGUGCGAGCGGGUCAACUUUGAGAAGGAGUACUGGAUGGACGUUUUCCAGCCCAUGGUCGAGAUGUACGAGCGCGGCUUGACACCCAACCCAGAUGUGGGCUGUAACCGCUACGUCAAGUUUGGCAAGAUGAUUGAACAUUUGACCAGAACCCGGACGGAACACAAGAACUGGUGGUUGGCUACCGGCCACUAUGCCCGGAUGCUCACUCACAAGGAGUCUGGCGAGCCCCACUUACUCAGAGGGUCCUACACGAACAAAGAUCAGAGCUAUUAUCUCUCCAUGUUGCCGAAAGCCGCGAUGGGCCGUCUUCUCUUUCCUAUCGGGCACUACACGAAGCCCGAGGUGCGCGAGCUUGCAAAGAGCUUCGAGCUUCCCACGGCGGAGAAACCCGAUUCGGUGGGCUUAUGUUUUGUCUCGCAGGAUGGCUCCUUCAGGGACUUUCUCAACGACUAUAUCUCGCCAAAACCUGGUAACAUCAUCACGGAAGACGGCACGGUGCACGGGCGACACAACGGGAUCUGGCACGCCACAAUAGGGCAGAAGUCGGGUAUUUCCUUGCCACAGGGUGACCCGCGUUAUAAGGGUGUUUGGUUUGUCAGCGCGAAGCGAUACAAGACAAACGAGAUUGUCAUCGUCAAGGGCGGAGACAACGCUGCAUUGUUCUCCCGCAUGGUGGUGGCCAGCGACUGGAACUGGGUCGGGGAGAUGAGUAAAGAGAAAAUGCCACCGAGUGGAGAGUUGUCGGUGCAGUAUAGAUCGCUCCAGGCGCCGUGCGCGGUGGAGUCCUUCGUGGUAAAGGACGGCACGGUGGAGUGCAGGUUUAAGGAGGGGGCGCGGGCAAUUGCGCCUGGCCAGAAUCUCGUGCUCUACCACGGCGAGCGGGUUCUCGGGGCGGGGUUGAUUGUGGGGGCGACAGAAUAG